AUGAUUGGCCUUGCCUCUAGCAUCGCCACCUUCAUCGACUUGGGCCUGAAAAUUGUGAGAUCAGGAAAGGCAGUAUUCAACUCUGCGAGAGGUAAGACAGACGAAGCUUAUGAGCUGGGCCUGAUCGUCGAGGACAUUGAUAAUCGGGUCGAUGAGAUGUUGGUAUUCAUGAAGUCCCAACCCACUGCCAAGUAUGCCAAAGAACACCGCGAGAAGUACAACAAAAACCUGCGUAACAUCACCGCCGAGUGUAAGCGAUUGGCAAAGGACUUGCAGAACGUCCUUCUUUCGCUCGCUGUCAAGAAAAAUGCGCGCUUUCCCAUGCUCGAAGCCAGCAGAAUCACUUUGAAGUCCUUCCUAAAGAAGGAUGACAUCGAAGCGCUGCAGGCCCGACUUGAGCGCCUUGAAACAAGGCUAAGAAUUCAUGUCACUGAAACAAUGGAAGAGCGCCGGGAGUUUGACAUCACUGAUGCCCACACCAAGACUGAGAAAUGGCUCUAUGUGCGGAACUGCACGACUUUUUCGGAGUGGUUAGAAGGCGGAAAUGGUAUUUACUGGAUUCAAGGAUUGGCAGGAAGCGGCAAGUCCACGCUGAUGAAAUUCCUCUGCAACCAUCCCGAGACAUUGGCCUGCCUCGACACUUGGGCGGGCGGCUCAGAAAUCUACACGGCAUCAUUCUUCUUUUGGAAUCAGGGCCAUACAAUGCAGAAGUCUCUCCACGGGCUCGUUCAAUCAUUAGCCUAUCAGAUCCUUCGCAAGAUGCCUGACCUUAUCCCCGAACUCUGCGGAACACAUAUGGACCAUGAGCCCUGGGAAUUUGUCGAGCUCAAGAUGUUGUUUCGGCGAUUAUUGGCCCGUAUGUCAACUUCCGCCAAGUUCUGUUUCUUUAUAGACGGCCUUGAUGAAUAUAGCGGGAGUACGGGAGACGUCGUCGAGACUCUGAAAUAUCUCGCGAGGUCUAAAAAUAUCAAGGUUUGCGCGUCUAGUCGCCCAUGGCCUGCGUUCGAAGAGGCCUUUACGAAUCCCAAUAACACCCUGGUCCUACAAGAUUUCACUCGAGAUGAUAUGGAGGCGUUCGUUCGUGAUAUCAUAGCGGAUAACUCAAAUUACAAGAGACUUGUGCGCAAGGAUCCGAUUUACGAGGAGCUCAUUGCCUCAAUCGCCACACGCGCCCGAGGCGUAUGGCUUUGGGUAUUUCUCGUCAGCAGGGACCUCAAGGAGGCACUAGACGGGAAGGAGGACUACACCACGCUAGAAAAGAUUCUCGAUAGCUUCCCACCAGACCUUUCCGCGUACUUCGAAGCUAUCAUCCAGCGACUCCGCCCAGUAUAUCGGGAAGACAUGGCCAAGAUAUUCCUCCUCGCCGCCAGCGCGGUCAACCCCCUUCCACUGUACGCGUUUAACUUUAUUGACGAAAAAUGGUACAACUCGGUGGAUAAGGCGACCGAGCAUCAGAUUGAGGUUACGUACAGAGGAUGGAAGAAUAGGCUGCAUAACAGAUGCGGCGAUCUGCUUACGAUUCGUAGAUACGACGACGAGGAUCCCGUGUUCGUCUAUCGCGUAGACUUCCUUCAUAGGACCGCUCGGGACUGGCUGAUCGACAUUAAGCUCCCAGCUCUGCAACAGGAGAUUCGGGACCCAAACUUCAAUCAUUGGGUGGUUCUAUGCAAGAUGUUGUUAUGUCUCAUGAAAGCACUGCCCAUCUCGGAAGACUACAAGCACCACAUCUACCCGCUGCUUCGCGAUGUGUUAUCUUACGCAUACGAAUUCGAACAGGGCGCGGAAAUGGCCAAUAGUGAGGUUGCUCAGAUAUUGGACCGCUGCGACUGGUUUGUGAAUAGCUGGUUGGAGUGCAACUUUCUCAUGCUCGCGGUAGAGGCGGGGCUGGUUGGCUACGUCCGGUGUCACUUGGACAUCUUUCCAGACUCAAUCAACAAGAUUGGGUGGCAUUUGCUGAGAAUUGCCCUUUGUUCGCCUAAGCACUCAAAUAGCCCCAUUUCAAAGGAUCAGACGAAGGGAACUAUCAACACCCGAAUGGUGGCACUCCUGCUUGAGAAAGGGGUCAGUCCAUAUGACAGAGAAUCUGUCCACCACUCCACAGCUACACAGCUUCUGGUUGAGUACGGCGUCGGAGGGGCCCCUUGGGGGACAGGUAGAAAGUACACGCCACCCGAACUACCUGACAAGUUGAUAGAAAUUUUCGGAACAGAGGAGACGGAAAGGCUCCUACAACGUAUAGAUGUGAUUCGGAGACAGGGCUCGUGGGGCAACUGGGUUUGGGAGAAAUGGAAACAAGUUGGGAAUCAGCUGUCGGCGGCCGAGUAUUGUGACUGGCUGGCACUGCCCAUAUUGAUGGUGGCCGAUGAGAAGAAGACGAGGAAGCCGAGCGGUGUGGAAGUCUUGGGUGAUGCAAAGACAGAGCGCUGGAUCAGGGAGGAAAUUGACAAGGAGUGA